GCUGCGUGUUUCUGAAACCCUGCGCAAAUUCCUUCUCCCUCCGCCACUGAAGGUUGCUCCGACCGUAAUCAUGGCGGGCGGACGGAGAGGUCUCAUCUCUCGGCUCACCCACUUCAUCUCUCUCCAGCCGCCAACUCCAUCGCUUCCCUCUCAAACUAGCUUCUUACUUCUCCGGAGAUUCUGCGCCGAGGCGAGUAUUGUUGAGACCCCCACACGGAUCAUCGAGGCGAUGCCCGGCGUCAUGGCCCCCAGCUCCAGACGCACCGGAAUUAUAGCUGUCAAGUGCGGGAUGACGGCUCUCUGGGACAAAUGGGGAUCUAGGGUUCCUGUUAGCAUCUUGUGGGUCGAUGACAACAUCGUCUCUCAGGUCAAAACCGUUGACAAAGAAGGCAUCUUUGCGCUCCAGAUUGGAUGCGGGCAAAAGAAAGCUAAGCAUCUGAGGAAGCCGGAGGUUGGCCAUUUCAGAGCUCAAGGUGUGCCGUUAAAGAGAAAGUUGAGGGAGUUUCCCGUGACUGAAGAUGCUCUUCUUCCUGUUGGUACUUGUAUUGGCGUCCGCCAUUUCGUUCCAGGACAGUAUGUUGAUGUCACUGGAAUCACGCGGGGGAAAGGUUUUCAGGGAGGGAUGAAGAGAUGGGGGUUCAAAGGGAUGCCCGCAUCACAUGGUGCAUCAUUGUCCCAUCGAAGUAUCGGGUCUACUGGUCAAAGAGAUGCACCUGGGAAGGUAUUCAAGGGCAAAAAGAUGCCGGGGCGAAUGGGAGCAAAGCAAAGGACAGUUAAGAACGUAUGGGUUUACAAAAUCGAUCCUGCUAGGAACCUGAUGUGGGUGAAAGGACAAGUUCCUGGUGCAGAAGGCAAUUUCGUGUUCAUAAAGGAUGCGUGGUACAAGAAACCUGACAUCUCAAAGCUUCCUUUCCCGACGUUCUUAACCACGGAAGACGAGGAUCCCUCAGAAGUAGGACCGAUGGUGGCAGAUCUCGGGGAUGUAGAUCCGUUCAUGUUGGGAGAUUGAUGAAAAUGGUUGGUUUGUUAUCCAUUGCACCGAGGGAAGAAGGCCUGAAGUUCUUUUUUAUGUUGUUAGGACUGGUUGAUGAAUAGAGAGACGGAGCGGUCUCGCCUUCUUUAGUCAUAUAAUACUUUCCCUUUUGCGUUUGCACUACUUUGUGUUGAAUAAAGUAGGCGCGGGUGUUUCGGUUCGGUUUGGUUCUUUGGAACGGAAGCAUACCGAACUGAAAAUUUUGGUAUUUUUUUCAAACCAUACCAUUCAAAAUUUUCGAACGGUAUUAUUUUUAUA